AUGACAUCUACGACUGCUACGAGAAGCCUCUCGUCAAUAUCACCAUUGUUAAAAGACAUUGGACCUUAUAACGAAGUUGCAGAUGAAUAUGAUUCCGCGCAAGCUACUAAAUCAUUGACAUCAUCAACAAUAUUAGUAAUUGGUGCAGGUGGGUUAGGAUGUGAAAUAUUGAAGAAUCUAGCAUUAACGGGGUUUAGAAAUAUACAUUUAAUAGAUAUGGAUACAAUCGAUAUUUCGAACUUGAAUCGACAGUUUUUGUUCAGACCUAAUGAUAUUGGAAAAUCAAAAGCAGAGGUAGCAGCUACCUUUGUUCGAUCAAGGAUAAAUGACGAAACAUUGAACAUAGUCCCAUACUUUGGCAAGAUUCAGGAUAAAUCUAUUGAAUAUUAUAAGCAAUUUGAUGUUGUUAUAUGUGGCCUUGAUAAUGUAGAAGCAAGAAGGUGGAUAAACGCAACAUUGGUAUCUAUGGUUGAUUCAGAUUUGAAUAACUUGAUACCAUUGAUUGAUGGAGGCACCGAAGGCUUUAGAGGCCAAUCAAGAGUUAUACUACCUCGCCUAACAUCGUGUUACGAGUGCACUUUAGACAUGAUAAAUCCUAAGGUUACAUUUCCGGUUUGCACAAUUGCAAAUACUCCUCGAUUACCGGAACACUGUAUUGAGUGGGCAAGUGUCCUUCAGUGGCCGAAGAAUUUUCCACAAAAGAAAUUCGACGCUGAUGUCCCAGAGCAAGUUGAUUGGAUGUAUGAGACAGCAUUGAAAAGAGCUGAUGAAUUCAAUAUAGAAGGUGUCACAAGGCAAUUAACUUUAGGUGUAGUUAAAAACAUUAUACCUGCAAUUGCGUCUACCAAUGCCAUUAUAGCUGCCUCGUGCUGCAAUGAAGCCUUCAAGUUUAUUACAAAUUCGAAUCCAAUAUUGAACAAUUAUAUGAUGUAUUCUGGUGAUUAUUCCAUUUUUACUUAUACUUAUCCCCAUGCCCAAAAGCCUAACUGUCCAGUUUGUGGGAAUUCUGCAAAAGUUGUUGAAGCUCAAAAUUGGUGGACUCUUUCUAAAUUUAUAGAAGUGGUUUCAAGUAAACAAGAUAUCUCUAUGACAAAACCCUCAUUAUCUACGUCAAGUAAUUACUUAUAUUUAAGGCAACCAAAAAGUUUGGAGGAGAUGACGAGACCUAAUUUAAAUAAAAAAUUGAAUACCUUGGUAAAACCAUCAGAAGAAAUGAUAAUUACUGAUCCCAACUUGCCCAUAUCUUUACGAUUAGUGGUCAAUUUUGUGGGACCCGAAGACGAACCUAAUGACUUAAAAUCAAUUCUAUCGUAA